AGGAAAAUUGCCAGCUCGGAAGGACCCACGAUGGUGUGGACCAGGGAGGAACUGUGGGGACAGGACAGCCGCUAAGCCCCCAAAUGGAGUUGUCCGUGGUUUAUCCGGUCCCGGCCACACGUUUUUCUGGAUGGAAGUACCGGGGGAAGGAAGGUAAGAGCGGAUGACGUUGAGACUUGGACUUGUGUAUGAGGAAGGUACAGUUUAUGUUAAAGUAGGCACAUGCUACGCUGCUACUGCCUGUUUUCAUGAAGGAAUGCAAUGCUCCUACUCGUCUUGUUGGCCUUGCCUCUCCGUCCUCUCCCGGUGCUUUCCCAGGCUGUGAGCCUCGUGCCCAGCACCUUCCCCCAAUUGUCAGGCAGUAGCUACGGAUACGCAGUAAGGCAGGCACCUAAACUGCAAGAGGGAAUGACGAUGGUUGCAUCACGUGCGUCACACGUGACCCCACCCUGGGGCGUCCACACUGACGUUGGACGCAGGGCAAGAGCUCGGACAAUUAAGGCAGGGCAGCCAGUCCUGUCCGACCUGGAGCCAUCGGGCUUUGCUGCAGGGCUUGGGCUGGGAUUAGCACCUGGAUCGGAUGCUAAAAUCUGGCUAAACUUUUCAGGGGUCAUCCCCUAGAGCUCACUGGUCUUUUACACUAAACCUGGCUGCCUAUCUAAAGUAGCCCCUUGUGCUUUUUCAAGAGCUGUCGGGUGACGAUCCAUACGACGAGGACGGAGUAUCUAUCUUGCCAGUUGUUGACAAUGACUUGAAUAAUAGACAC